AACCCCAAGGUGCCUGCUCAUCCUGAGGCCCGAGACCCGGGCCGACCCCCGGCAGCCAGGAGGGCUCGAGAAUAAGAAGCACAGCGCCAUGGGACAGCUCGCUCGCCUGUCCACCGUGGAGGUCUAGCCGUCCGUAACCUAGCCGGCCUCCCGGGCUCCGGCCUUCCCUCGGCACCGGCACAUCGGCCUAACAUGGCCGCUGGUGCUGGGACCGGCCGGCCGCGCGGAGAGCCGGGCCGAGGUCGGGGGCCAGAGACUGCUCCCGGCAUUCCUCGCGGUGUGGCGUGGGCUCCCCUUCCCCCCAUUUCCGGGUCCCUGGCGAGGGAGACCCUCGGGCUUUGAGGUAGCAUGGCCCAGGGCUUGAUUGAGGUGGAGCGGAAGUUCAUUCCGGGGCCUGGCACAGAGCAACGGCUGCAGGAGCUGGGGGCCACCCUGGAGCGCCGGGUCACCUUCCGAGACACCUACUAUGACACCCCUGAGCUGAGCCUCAUGCGAGCCGACCACUGGCUGCGACAACGGGAGGAUAGGGGGUGGGAGCUCAAAUGUCCUGGCUCCGCAGGUGUCACGGGGCCCCACACCGAGUACAGGGAACUUGUAGCUGAACCUGCCAUUGUGGCCAGGCUCUGUGAGGUGCUGGGGCCCCAGGGUAUUGAGGCAAGAGGCGUGGCUGCGGUGCUGGGCUCCCUGGGGCUGCAAGAGGUAGCGAGUUUUGUGACAACACGGAGUGCCUGGAAACUGGUGCUCCCUGGAGGAGCUGAAGAGGAGCCGCUGCUCAGGGUGGACCUGGAUACAGCCGAUUUUGGUUACGCUGUGGGGGAGGUGGAGGCCCUGGUGCAGGAGGAGGCCGAGGUGCCCACGGCGCUGGAGAAGAUCCAUGGCCUCAGCAUCAAGCUUGGUGUGCCAGCCCGGGAGACAGCCCCUGCCAAGCUGAUCGUGUACCUCCAGCGCUUCCGGCCCCAGGACUAUGAGCGCCUGCUAGAAGCAUACAGCGCCGCAGAGAGGAUGGGGACCAAGCAUCCUGGUGACAGCCUGGGCUCCGGGGGCCCUUCCUAGAUCAAGCGGGACUCUGGGCCCAGUGGGAUGCAUUCCUGGGGUCGCUGUGUCUCUUCCCAUCGCACAGUGACCCCUCCGUCCACAGCUCUGCCUGCUCCUUCACCCCAUCCCCAGCUGCCCUUCUUCAAGCCCUCCCUGGCUGCCUCCUUUCUCUCAUCCGUCAGAUGCAAUCUGUGGGCCGCCCCUCUCCCCUGGCCGCUAAGCAGCCUCCAUUGAUUUCCGCUCGUGUUUAUAGGAUUUCCACUUAGCCGUGAUCAGUAGUUAAGCACAGGAAAAUCCCUUGCCACCCCCCCUCCCUUGGUCGAUGCCAUUGAUUCUGCCAGCGGCUCCUAAACCGCCUUACAGCUGAGUUAGAGAUGAGGGGAGGCAGCGGGAUUUCCCUGCCUGGGGGUGUGGGGAGUAGCAGCAGGUUGGGGAAGUGGCUGGGAAUCCCGGAACUGCGGGAGUGCUGGUCUGACUGUGCCACGGUGCCCAGCUCUGCCCCAGUUGGUAGAGUGCCUCCUGUGGAAGCUGCUCCCAUCUGAAGACACUCCUGGUGGAGACGGGUUCCCAGGAUGCCGUGGAAGGAGACACAUAUGUCGUGUCAGAAGGCUCUCCCCUCGCUGUGAUUCACACGCAUUUUCUACCUCAAAUAUACCCAAAUAUGGCUUUCCAACCCCUUCAGGCUUUAUUGGGCUUUCAUU